AUGGGCGACGCGCAGGACAUUCAAGGCGGGACCGGCGUCAGACCUCAUCCCCUUGAUCCUCUCUAUCCGGAAGAGAUAAGCACUGCGGCCGACAUCAUCCGGAGAUCGGUUCAGAAUGAGCAGGUCUUCUUCAGAGCCAUCUCACUGGCUGAGCCUCCUAAGAAGGAGAUGACAGCGUUCCUCGAUGGCCAGCAAGCGGGCGAUAAGGCUUUGGCACAUCCAGUACGACGGGCUAGAGUUCAGGCCUACAUCGGCAAGACGUUGCAUGAAGUCAUGAUUGAUCUGAAUGCAGCCACAAUCAUGUCCAAGGCACCCCUUCCAGGUAAACACUCGUUCAUUGACACCGAGUUCAUGGCCCAAGUUGCGGCAGCGUGUCUGGCGGACUCUAGGAUUCAGCAAGAGAUUGAGACGCUGAAGCUUCCCGAGGGAGCGACGGUGGUUGUUGAGCCUUGGGCAUACGCUACUGAUGGAAUGAAGGACAUGAAGGAUCGAUGGACUAUGGCAUGGUUCUACAUGCGUCUUUCAGACAAUCCCGACGCCAACUACUACGCUUAUCCGCUCGAUAUCUGUGCCGAGGUCUCGAACUCGCUUGAGGUUGUCAAGAUAUACCGGCUCCCGUCUGGAGAACAUGACAAGAUCCAUGAAGAAAAGCUAGAGUUCGAUCGUCGAAAGAUUCAUUCCGACAGCGAGUACCAUCCAGACUUUGUUCGGGAACGAAGGACAACAACGAAGCCUUAUCAUGUCUCUCAGCCGGAAGGACCCUCGUUCAGCAUUGAUGGAAAUCACAUUUCAUGGGAGAAAUGGACCAUGAGAGUUGGCUUCAACUAUCGAGAAGGCAUGACUCUACACGACGUUCGCUUCGAAGGUCGUAGCCUGUUUUAUCGCCUGUCCCUCUCGGAGAUGUUUGUGCCUUACGGCGACCCACGUUGUCCCUACCCGAGAAAAGCAGCUUUCGACUUGGGCAAUGACGGUGCGGGAAUCAACGCCAACAACCUCAAGCUGGGAUGCGAUUGUCUGGGCCACAUCAAGUAUUUUGACGGAUGGCUCAGCACCUCCUCAGGAGAGCCUCUCAAAAUGCCUAACGUGAUUUGCUGUCAUGAGAUCGACGAUGGCAUCUUGUGGAAGCAUACCAACUUCUGUACAGGGAAUGCCGUCGUGACGAGAUCACGUGUACUCGUGCUGCAGACUAUCAUCACAGUCAGCAAUUACGAGUACAUCUUUCUCUUCUACUUCCAGCAGGAUGGUUCCAUCUUUUACGAAGUUCGGGCAACAGGAAUCAUGUCGACGGCGCCCAUAGAUAUCGAUGCCAAGGUGCCGUGGGGCACGGUUGUGGCGCCGGGUGUUCUGGCCCCUUACCACCAGCACAUCUUUUGCCUGAGGAUCGACCCGGCUAUCGACGGGCAUAAGAAUUCGCUCGUUGUCGAAGAAUCCCAGCCUAUUCCAUAUGCUGGAGACUCGGAUGAGUAUAACCCCUUCGGUGUAGGCUACACCACUAAGUCGGAGUACGUCAAAGAAGAGGCUGGGCUCGAUCUGGAUUUCAACACGAACCGAACUUUCAAGAUUGUCAAUGAGGGAGUCACCAACCCAACCACGGGCACCCCAGUCGGCUUCAAGUUGUUACCGCACUACAGCCAGCUACUUCUGGCUCAUCCGAACUCAUGGCACGGCAAGCGCUCCGAGUAUACUUCCCACGCCGUCUGGGUGACGCGUCACCAGGAUGAAGAGCUCUUCCCCGCCGGCAGGUUCACGAUGCAAUCCUCCGGCGGAGAGGGCAUCGCAUCUUGGAUCAAGCAGCGGAAGGAAGAGAGCCUGUCUUCAGUCCGCAAUGAGGACAUUGUCGUCUGGCACACGUUUGGCUCGACGCAUAACCCGCGCAUCGAGGAUUGGCCAGUCAUGCCGUGUGAGAAGAUGAUGGUAGGGCUCAAGCCGGUCAACUUCUUCCAGGGUAACCCUGCACUUGAUGUCCCCAUCUCGACGCAGGACAAGAACCGCAGCGUGCUAGUUCACGGUGGAGAUUGA